AAUAAUUCCCUCCCUUUCAACGCCGUUCCGAUCUCUGCCAACGCCCAUUCUCAGUCGUUCUAGCCCUUUCCAUUUGAUCGCCUUCGUUCUUCUCUAAUGGCUGCUGCUCCGAUCCCUCCAAAUUAGCGCAAACCCGACCCGAAAAUCCAUUGAAGCAAUCAGGCAUUGCUGCAUUUCUAUGUAAAUGAAUAGAACGAAGGGCUUGCGCUGCCUGUCCAGCGUUAAUGGAACCAGUAGGGAGAUAUCUACAUUAGGUGCAUCAUUACGUGAUAAUGUGAAGAAACAUCUUUAUGGUAUUCUUGACCCGGCAAAGCCUUGCAUUCCUCAUGGUAUUCGAUCUCAAAGAUGUUUGGGUCAUGGUGGAAUGGGUUCUCAAGAAAGUUUGAUCCUGGGAAGAAAUUUGUUUCGGAGAUUGAACCUACCUUGCUCUUUUCGAGGAAGUUCUCCUUGGUUAAAGCAAACUGGUGCAACAAAUUGCCAUUAUGGAAACAUUGCUAACGAUGAAUCUCAUUUGAGUAGAGAUUUUCUUGCACAGCUUUGGGUUGCAGAGAGAAAGAUGCUUAAGGAUGUCCAAAAGAGGAGAAGAAGAAAAGUUAAGCACCCGAAUUAUGUUAGGGAUCAGGCAUCUUUCCAACAUCCAUUUGAAAAAUGCUUUUCAGGCAGCACUGUUACAAAAGAAGAAUCUAAUGAUCGAGCAGGACCAGUUUUCGAGCAACCACCAGUUAGCCAAUCAGUCUCAGGUCUUCUACAGCCAACAUCGCCAGAGGAGGCUCAAAUUGCAACUCUUCUUGCUAGGUCCAAUUUGCUAAUCACAAGGGAUAUUGAGUGGGCAAAUCUUGUACUUGGUUUUGAGCAGGAGAACCGUUAUGCGAUAGUAGAUGUGUGCUAUCCCCAGUCACCUGUUGGCUUUAUUCGUGAACAGAGUAAUGUCAUUGCAAGACAGUUGCUUCGCUCAAGGCGCCCUUUUGUUGCUUCAAUCACUGAUGCCAUGGGUAAUGAGCUGUUUAUGGUGCGUAGGCCAUUUUGGUGGAUAACCAGCUCAAUUUAUGCAGAAAUUGAUGGUAAGGAAGUUGGUGUGGUUCACAGAAGGUGGCAUCUUUGGAGGAGGGUGUACGAUUUAUACUUGGGGAAUAAGCAAUUUGCUGUGGUUGAAAAUCCUGGCCUUUGGAAUUGGACUUUCACUUUGAAGGACAUUGAUGGAGAAGUUCUGGCAGAAAUAGAUCGCAACUGGAGGGGUUUCGGCUUUGAGAUCUUCACUGAUGCUGGUCAGUAUGUUAUCCGCUUUGGGUGUGCUGAUCCCAUCUCAAAGGCUGGCCCAGCUAGCAUGAUCCAAGAGUUGGAUGUAAUCCGUCCACUGACUCUAUCAGAGCGAGCUGUUACUGUUGCUCUUGCUAUUUCAUUGGAUAAUGAUUACUUCUCAAGGCAUGGUGGCUGGGGAGUCCCUCUUUUCGUUGUUGAGGACUAGGUCUCUCUGAGCAUUUCGAGCAUAGUUUCUCUUGCGAAAAACUCCAUGAGAGUAAGAAUUUGGCAAAAAAGCAACUUGUAUGCAGAAGGUAGUCACAGCAAAGAUGUACAUUUUUCUGUUUGCUGUAUUCACUCUGUAAUAUAAACCAAUGACUACCUCAUGAAUGGCCCAUUUUCAUGGCAAUCUUUAUAUGUUAGUGGCAUUGGUGCCAUUGCUACCUAGUAAGAACGUACUUGUGAGCUUAUGGUUAUGAUUUAGAUUAAUAAAUUGUUUCCUAUGAUGAAA